ACUUCCAUUUCAUAGCGGGUGCUGUGAUGAUGUCUGUGAGUGAGAACCUGCACAGGGCACCCUCUGCAUGCUUUCCUCACUGACCUGGCCUGACCCCGUGGUAGCUCCCUGCUGAGGUUGGUGGCAGGGUGGGUGGUGAGGAGACCUGGCCUUGGCUGUAGCCUCCAGCCAGCCUUCCCCCCCCAGCCCUGCUUUCCUCCAGUCCACUCAGCAGCGCCUCUGAGAUGGCCGCUUUCCAUUUCCUGUUCAGUGUACCCCAUCUUGGCCUCCUGGCCCCCUAGACAGGCUAGUCUUUGGCCUUUUUUUUUUUUUUUUAAAUUUUUAUUUAUUUACUUAUGAUAGUCACAGAGAGAGAGAGAGGCAGAGACACAGGCAGAGGGAGAAGCAGGCUCCAUGCACCGGGAGCCCGACGUGGGAUUCGAUCCUGGGUCUCCAGGAUCGCGCCCUGGGCCAAAGGCAGGCGCUAAACCGCUGCGCCACCCAGGGAUCCCCUAGUCUUUGUCUUUGGUUGUGUCCUUGUUAGGUGUCAGGAUGGCAGAGCGUUUGGGAGUGAGGACUCUGCAGUGACACCGUUGGUGUCCUAUCCCUGCUCCUUGAUGACCUCAUGUCCUCUGCUGUGACAUGGGGGCCGUUCAGAGCAUGUCAGUGCAGGGUAAUGCAGGGUGAGGCUAGGGCAGAAGACAGAAGGUGAUUGGAGCCUGAGUGACAAUAUCGCCCGCUCAGAGGGCUGUGCCAGAAUCGAAGGCUACGGUAAUGGCAUCUAAACCACGUAGAGCAGGGUCUAGACCCGGGGAAUGUUGGCUGAAGGAACUGCUUACUGUAUCUGCAAAUGUUUGUUAACUUUUCAUGGGUUCUUGGAGUUCCUCACAGAGGUUAGUAGAGAUUAUGGAGGGGCGGCCUCAUGCUUCCCAGCAGUGGAAUGGGUUCCAUUUGGUCCCUGGAUGGUGGUGACCCCCUCUCAUUGGGGGAUUCAAGAGAAGUGGGCUUGGCAUGUUGUGCCAGGGGGCAGUUGGCCAUGAUUCACAGGUGCUAUGGUGAGGUCCACAUAUGCAGUGAGGGGGGAGGGACUCUGGAGAUUUGCUUAGAGCUGUAAGCACUCAACUCAAGGGACCAGGUUGAUAGUGUGAGGCCUAGAAAUAGGGCAGGGGGACCAGGUCGCACCACCUCCUAUCAGAAGUCUGCACCACCUCCUGUCAGAAAUCUGGCCCACCUGCAGGCUUCCUGUCAGGGAGUGCUGUCCCACCAAGGGACAGGUUCCCCCAGUGCUGGGUGUUGGUGCAGCACAGGACUGACGAGCCCGCCUGGGCCCAGGGCCUGCCCGGUUCUCCCUCCCCUGCCAGCCGACUCCAAACAUGGGGCAGAGUGGAUGGAGGCCAGUCAGGAGGUGGAGGAUUUCUCCCCAGCAUGGCCUGUUGCAUGGGACGCCUGUCAGUGUCGGCUGGUGGGCUGGCAUACAAGGUGUUCGAUCCUUCCGUAUGGUGGAGUGUUGUUCAGCCACGAGAAGGAAGGAAGCUUGGACACAUGCCAAGGUGUGGACGAGCCUUGAAAACGUUACGCUGAGGGAGAGAAGACGCAGACACGGCCCCCAGGAAUGUAGUGUGCCGGGACCCAGACAUGGAGCUGCGGGAGGAGGCCUGGUCUCCGGGGCCGCUGGACUCUGAGGACCAGCAGAUGGCCAGUCAUGAGAACCCAGGUCCUCCACACGAAACAACAACUACAAAAUGCUUAUUACUUCACCCAACAAAACAUCCAGGCUACCUUAACAACCCCAGUUUUCUUCAAAACAUACAUCUGCCAUGGAUGGACAUCCUCAUCAUGGAUGAUGACGACGUCCCCAGCUGGCCCCCAACCAAGCUGUCCCCGCCCCAGUCGGCGCCCCCGGCUGGCCCCCCACCCCGGCCUAGGCCACCGGCACCUUACAUCUGCAACGAGUGUGGCAAGAGCUUCAGUCACUGGUCCAAGCUGACGCGGCACCAACGCACGCACACGGGCGAGCGGCCCAACGCGUGCGCCGACUGCGGCAAGACCUUCUCACAGAGCUCGCACCUGGUGCAGCACCGGCGCAUCCACACGGGCGAGAAGCCCUACGCCUGCUCCGAAUGCGGCAAGCGUUUCAGCUGGAGCUCCAACCUCAUGCAGCACCAGCGCAUCCACACGGGUGAGAAGCCGUAUGCCUGCCCCGACUGCGGCCGCAGCUUCACGCAGAGCAAGAGUCUGGCCAAGCACCGGCGCUCGCAUAGCGGCCUCAAGCCCUUCGUGUGCCCGCGCUGUGGCCGCGGCUUCAGCCAACCCAAGAGCCUGGCGCGCCACCUGCGGCUGCACCCUGAGCUGUCGGGCCCUGGUGUGGCGGCCAAGGUGCUGGCGGCCAGCGUGCGCCGGGCCAAGGCGCCCGAGGAGGCGGCGGCGGCGGACGGCGAUAUUGCCAUCCCGGUGGGCGAUGGCGAGGGCAUCAUUGUGGUGGGCGCACCAGGUGAGGGGGCCGCGGCAGCUGCAGCCAUGGCGGGCACGGGGGCCAAGGCUCCGGGGCCCCGCUCGCGGCGUGCCCCGGCCCCCAAGCCGUACGUGUGCGUGGAGUGCGGGAAGGGCUUCGGGCAUGGGGCGGGGCUCUUGGCCCACCAGCGCGCCCAGCACGGGGACGGGCUUGGGGCGGCGGGGGGCGAGGAGCCCGCACAUAUCUGUGUGGAAUGCGGCGAGGGCUUCGUGCAGGGCGCGGCGCUGCGGAGACACAAGAAGGUGCACGCCGUGGGCGCGCCGUCGGUCUGCAGCCACUGCGGACAGAGCUACUACCGGGCGGGGGCAGGCGGGGAGGACGACAAGGACGAUGAUGAUGAGGCAGCUGGUGGGCGCUGCAGCGAAUGCCGCGGUGGAGAGGGCCGGUAGGGGCGGAGGCCCGGGGGGGGGGGGGUGCGGGCAGGGCCCCUCGGGCUUGGCGGGGAGGAUGGCGCAGGACCCUGACGCCGGAGAGACUUGGACCAGAGAGACCCGGACCAGAGAGACCCAGAGAGGGACGGACAGGGGCACGACGGCCGGUGCCGGCCUCAUCAUCUCCCCUGCGCCGCCACAUGGUUCCCAUGGUCCGCGAGGUGCAGAGGCGGCGGCCCGCCGGGGCCCUCCUGCGCCCCGCCAUACCCCUGCCCCCUGUCCUUGGCCUGGCCUGCCCCCCUGGUUCUUGGAGAGCCUCGGGGAGCCAGAGAGAGGACGGAGCCCACAACUGAGAGACCGGCCUCCGGCCCCCUUUUCUCUUGCCGCCCACCCUGGGUGCUUGGGAGGAAUGAGCAGCCUGGCUCUUCUUUAGGAGGGCUGCAGGGAGGGAGGGGGAGACAGCCCUUUCUCCUUUAGAGUUUUCUUUUAAUCACACCACCUCCCGACUGCACCUUUCCAUUAUUUUGUCUUCUUCCUGCGGGUCCUGUUAUUUUUCGUGGCCCUCGUCCUUGCCCUUCCCUGGAUUUGGGGUCAUGGAGGAGUUCUAGUGUACCCCUUGGAGACUGGGGUCCUGUCUGUUCCUGGCCUGGACUCUGCCAAGGAAGGGUGUGGGGGCAAUAAAUGGCACUAUCUGACUAUC